AAAUGUCCUAUUUAACUACCAGGGCUGCCUCUCAUGCCCAGAAAGUUUGCUCGUUAUACAAAAAAGCCCUUCGUGAAUGUCAGAAUUGGCACUAUUUCCCACAUCUAUAUCGCUACCACCAGGUGGUGAUGCGGGCAAGAUUUGACGAGAAUAAAGAUGUGGUUGACAUGGUAAAAGCAAAGCAACUUCUUGAAGAGGGAGAAGCUGAACUCUGGGAAAGGAAGCAUCCACAACCCUUCAAGUUUACAGAUUCCCCUGGUGGUGUAGCUUAUGGGAGAGAGGCACCUCCUCCAGAUUGGUUGCUUGAUACUUGGACUCCUCUUGAGAAGGCACGCUAUCCUGAAUAUUUCGCACGAAGAGAGAUCCGUAAAGAGGAAUACAUUAAACGAUGGCAAGAAAAAUAUGGCAAUCAAAAAGCUGGGGCCCAUUGAUAAAUACUACCUUAGGACAUGUACAUAUAUAGGAAAAUAGUAUGCGGUUGAAUAGCAUAUGAACAUUGAUUUGGGAUUAUAACUGAGCUAAGAGUAGAUGAAAUGUAUCUUAGUGGACACGUUUUAUGCUUUGAAUUGAUAUAUGAAUCAAAACCAAGCCAUCUGUUAAUAUUUGAACUCAAACUGGAGAGAAUUAAACCCAAAAUUGAAACUUGGAUUAUGAAACAUAAUAUUGUAAGAUGUUCAUUCUGACGUCAUACACUUGGAAAAUUUGGAUUUUUUAUUGUAUGGUGGCAUCUUAGACUUUCAAGGAUAAAUAUAAUACUGCCAAAUUUUUUGUAUCUAAAAAUACAGAAAAAUAUGAUGAAAUUCUGUGUGCUAUUUUAUUGUUUGUUUUAUGCUUGAGUAAUGUUCAAGUACAAUAAAUUAUUUACAAACUUACAUUCAGUGUUUAGUCGAGUCCAGUGUUAAUUAACUGUUCCAAGAACUACAAUUAAGCCAGACAAUUGAAAUUAUUUUUUUAUGAGUGGAAUGACUUAAACUCCAAUACAUCUGUAUCCUUAACUGUUUGUGUCUUUAGAAAGGUGGAUGCUUUAUAGACCUAGAAAUGUUAGGAAAAUGUAUUUU